CGCCUCCUGGGUUGCUGGGUGAAGUCCUUUAUCAAACGCCUGUGCGACUGUGGCUGUGAGGCUCCGGGAAGGAGGCCCGUCUCUAAACCCCGUGGACUCUUCGGCAGGUGGGGGUGUGGCCGCAGCUGAAGGACACUGGUGGUGGCCAGGCCAUGCGCCCCGCAUUCUGGAAUGGACCUGGGGCGAUGGAGGCCGACGAGGACUACCAGUCCCCCUUUGAUUUUGCUGCCGGAGUGAACAAGGAGUACCUGUACCUGUCUCCCAGGGGGCAUCUGUCGCCGCCCGGGUCGCCGGUGCCGCCGAGACUCGGUCUGCUGAGAACAGACCCAGUCCCCGAGGCUGGAGAGGAUGCUGCUGCCACGAUCAGUGUCACGGAGACCCUGUCCGAGGAGGAGCAAGAAGAGCUGAGGAGCGAGCUUGCAAAGGUGGAAGAGGAGAUCCAGACGCUGUCGCAGGUGCUGGCCGCGAAGGAGAAGCACCUGGCGGAGAUCAAGCGGAAGCUGGGGAUCAGCUCCCUCCAGGAACUCCGGCAGAACAUUGCCAAAGGGUGGCAGGACGUGACCGCAACGCCUGCAUACAAAAAGACGUCUGAAACCUUGUCUCAAGCCGGACAGAAGGCAUCGGCUGCUUUUGCAUCGGUGGGCUCGGUCAUCACCAAGAAGCUGGAAGACGUAAAAUUGCAAGCCUUUUCCCACUCCUUUAGUAUACGCUCCAUUCAGCAUUCAAUUAGCAUGCCCGCUAUGAGAAACUCCCCAACUUUCAAAUCAUUUGAAGAGAAGGUUGAAAACUUAAAGGCAAGUAGAGAGUCUAAAGUAGGGGGCACCAAGCCUGCCGGCGGUGAUUUCGGAGACGUCUUGAAUUCGACUGCCAGUGCUAGUGCCACGGCCACGGAGCCUCUUCCAGAGCAGACCCCGGCGGGCCCGUGAGGUCCGGCCACUGUCCUGCACCACUGCCAGAUGCUGCCAGCGAGACCCAAGCACAUCUUGUCAGCGUUCAUCGCCGUGAAUCCCACCCCACGUGCUCUCAUUUCGCCUUAUGUAUUCCUUUGACUAAAUAGUCUGUGGGUUAAACAAAAUAAAAAUAUCUUCACCUCUGUC